AAGGAAAGCAUCGAAGGCCUUUUCGGGACAAGAUGGCUGUGCUGUCGAUUCAGCUGGCUUGUUAUUCAACUCCUCUGAGAUUCCUGAAGGCUCUCCCAGCCGCAUGGCAUCAGGCUCUGCCUUGGUUUGCAGGGAAGGGUUUGGAUCUGGCUGUGCUGCCUGCAUCUCCUUGCGGGGAAUCAGCUCUGGGUCCUCAUGGUCUUCAGGCUCUACAUCUGCGUUUUCAAUUCCCAGGGACUGGUGCCUGGCAAAAGUGGUGAAACCUGAAUUGAACUUCACACCUCCCUUCCAAACAACAUCUUGAAGUGCCACUUCUUUUAUCUGCUAGUAUGGCUUUAGCAUCCAGAAGGGCUGUGUUGACUACAGUGAGAACGUGUUUCAAAGCAUUCAGUAGGCAAUCUCUGGCAUUUGAGUCAGCUGUGUAUUGUUCUUGCCACAAAUCUACAUAUUCAGCUUUUCCAGAUGACUACAAUUGCAAAGUGGAACUUGCUGUGACAUCAGAUGGAAAGACCAUAGUUUGCUAUCACCCUUCGGUGGACAUUCCGUAUGAGCACACAAGACCCAUUCCGCAGCUUGAUCCAGUGGAUUUUAAGGCAGAAACACAUGAUCAAGUGCUGAAAUCUAAGUUGGAAGUGGAAGAGCUCAACAACAAGCAAGGUCCUACAAUUGAGGAGCUUAGUAGAAUGUUUUAUACGACAAAACAUCGCUGGUAUCCAGUGGGACAGUACCAUACUAGACGCAAGAAAACCAAUCCUCCCAAAGACAGGUGAACAGGAAAGUGCAUCUUUUUUAAUGUUUCCUGUCUUUAAACAUGAUUCCUGAACAGAUGAGAUAUAUGUACAUGGCCAUUAAAAAUUUUCUAUCUAAGAA